AUGAUUAAUAUUUUAUCGUUAACAGUCAAAUUUUUUCAGGUGUUGUCGUCUGCUGAAGUUUAUGCUCCGUCAAUAACAAGAUUCACUACCAGUGACCGCAUUGCUAGUAGCUACUACGAUGGUUUAGUCAGACCUCAUCAUCCUAGACAACGUAAACGUUCUGCUAUUGAACUGUAUAAAGAAAAGCGGACUUCAGCAUCCGAGGGGAGAAGGCGAGUAUCAGGCGAUGUUAGGAAUUGCCUGUUGAAUGACCAGGACUGGACUUUUGAUGUCUUGCAGUUAGAAAAGAUCUCAGAUAAUCAUGCAUUGAGUCAACUGGGAAUUAAGACCUUUGAUCGCUGGAAAGUUCAUGAACAUUUGCAUUGUUCGCCAGAAACUAUAACGCAUUGGUUUGGUCUUAUAGAAUCUAAUUAUCAUAGUUCGAAUCCUUAUCACAAUGCCACUCAUGCGGCAGACGUUCUUCAUGCGACCUCUUUUUUUCUGGAUUCUCCAGUUGUCAUGAAUCAUGUACAAGACAUUCAUGCAAUAGCUGCAUUGAUUGCUGCAGCAGUCCACGACCUCGAUCACCCUGGUAAUAAUCGUAUCUCACUGACGUUGCAGGCUCCUGAAAAUGCAAAUAUAUUUGCAAAAUUAAAACGAGAAGAGUUUGUCACUUUACGACAAGCGAUUGUUGAGAUGGUACUAGCGACAGACAUGAGCAAGCAUUUUGAAUAUCUGGCAAAAUUUCAGCAAGCAGUUAUCAAUCGCCCAGUAGAUGCCCCAGAAACCGAUGAAGAACGGAACGCUGUGUCUCUAACUGUAUGCAGAAUGUUAAUAAAGUGUGCUGAUAUUGGGAACCCAACUCGAGAAUGGUCGCUGUGCCAGAAAUGGGCAAUGAGGAUCGUUGAAGAGUAUUUUGAACAGACCAGAGAAGAACGAGAAAAGGGUUUACCGUUGACAAUGGAGUUAUUCGACAGAGAAACUUGCAAUGUACCGCUUACUCAGUGCGGUUUUAUCGAUAUGUUUGCUCGAGAAACGUUUUUAAAUUGGAGUGAGUUUGCAGAGUUGCCUGAACUACUUACUCAUCUUGAAACAAACUAUGAAAAUUGGCGACAGAAAACAUCGUCGUGGAAGCCGAGCGAUAAUGUUAUUUUGUCUUGUGAUAGUUGA